GCCGUGUGCAUCUAUGGCCUUGGCACGUGCACAAGUAGACUAUAAAGUGUAGUGUUGGUAGAAGAGAAGAGGUGAAGUCUGUAGGUUAGGUGAUCAUUGUCGUAUUUCUAGUCGGAGGUAGGAAGAUGUCUUCAGGAAGCCAAGCGAUUGAUACUAAUGCCAUGACAUUAAUUCGAUAUGUCAUGGCAGAACAAAAAAAAUUUCCGGGUGCAACAGGUGAUUUAACUGCUUUACUUAACUCUAUUCUUACAGCAUGCAAAGCAGUGUCAUCAGCAGUUCGAAAAGCGGGAAUAGCAAAAAUUUUUGGUAUAGCAGGCCAAACAAACAUUCAAGGAGAAGAAGUAAAAAAACUGGAUGUUCUUGCCAAUGAUUUAUUUAUAAAUAUGCUUAAAUCAUCUUUCACUACCUGUCUUCUUAUUUCUGAAGAAAAUGAACAAAGCAUUGAAGUUGAAACUGACAAGAGAGGAAAGUACAUUGUCUGUUUUGAUCCACUAGAUGGCUCUUCAAACAUAGACUGCCUUGUUUCAAUAGGAUCUAUCUUUGCUAUAUAUCGUAAGACAUCCACUGGACCACCAGUAGAGCAGGAUGGGCUUCAGAGUGGAAGAAACAUUGUAGCUGCUGGUUAUGCUUUGUAUGGAAGUGCUACAAUGGUGGUUUUAUCAACAGGCAACGGAGUCAAUGGUUUUAUGUUGGACCCUGCUAUUGGAGAAUUUAUUCUCACUGACCCCAAUAUGACUGUUAAACCCAGAGGAAAAAUCUACAGCAUUAAUGAGGGCUACUCCAGUUUGUGGGAUAAAGCUGUAACGGAAUAUGUGCGCAGGAAGAAAUACCCACAAAGUGGAAAACCUUAUGGUGCAAGAUACAUUGGUUCUAUGGUGGCUGAUGUCCAUAGAACAUUGAAGUAUGGAGGUAUAUUCAUGUAUCCUGCGACAAAGGAUUCCCCAAAUGGAAAGCUAAGACUACUGUAUGAAUGCAAUCCCAUGGCAUAUCUAAUUGAACAAGCUGGAGGAAUUGCAAGUACUGGUAAAAUUCCAGUCCUUGAUGUUGUGCCUGAAAAGAUUCAUCAACGAUCUCCCAUUUUCCUUGGAUCAAGAGAGGAUGUGGAAGAAAUUCUUGACCUUUAUAAACAGUAUGAGUAAGGUCAAUAACUUCUCAAGCCACAUGGUUAAUUCAGAGACAGUUUGUCUUUUUUGUUUUUUAUUUUUCUGUAAGUGCAUUAGAUAACUUUAGUUGUCUAAAAGUAUACAUGUUUCAUCAAAAUAUACCCAGUUGAAGGAGUUGCCCAAUAUAAGAAUUGCAGUUAAGAACAUGUGAAAUAAUAUAUCACUGCACUGUUGGAAAACUUUUAUACAGUGUUGAAAGAGAUCAUAUUAUAUAGUAAAAUAUUUUUGGAGUACAUAUUUUUAUAUAAUUUUGAAGAUAUGCAAAUUAAAAGAUAAUAAUACAAUAUUUUACUUUAAUCGUGUUGAAUCUUGUCAAUCUUGCAUUUCAAGUUUCUUGGUUUUUCAACAAAAUAUUUGUGACCAAUUUUCAAAUCUUUUGUACUAUUACAAGAACUUAUUCAAUAAAUUUUUUUCAACAAA